AUGGAGCAACAACGCCAUCAACAACGCCGCAAAGCUAUUCCCAACGAGUGGAAAGCAGCGCUACGCGCUCAAAAACGAAUCUAUCCACAUCUUAGGCAUCAAGACCUCGCAAAGUGGUUUAAUGACACGUACAAGCACCCGAUCGACCGGACCUCGAUUACACGAAUCCUAUCGCCGAAAUACGCAUUUAUUGACGAUCUCCAAGAGCAUCAAUUGAAGGAUAAACGACGCCGUGUUGAGCAGUGGCCGGAACUAGAAAAAGCUGUUAUGGACUGGAUAAAACAUACUGAAGGCGAGGCUCCUAUCUCGCAGGAGGCCAUACGUUAUAAAGCGCAACAAUAUUGGGGACAUCUCUAUCCCAAUAACCCUACACCAUCAUUUAGCAAUGGCUGGUUAUAUGGAUUUCAAACACGGAAUAAUAUAAAGAGCCGGAAACAACAUGGAGAAGCUGCAAGCUUGGCUAUAGACGCGGCAAAUCAAAUGAUUAAGAUACGUCGACUUCUUACUUCAUAUUCUCCACAAGAUAUCUUUAAUUGUGAUGAAUCUGGUCUAUAUUGGAAGUUAUAUCCUGACCGGAGUCUUUCAACGCGCACUUUACCUGGCCGGAAGAAAGAUAAGGCACGAAUUAGCAUUCUUUUUGCUUGCAAUUCGGAUGGCUCGGAGCGACUCCCUCUUUGGAUUAUCGGCAAGUCAAAGAAGCCACGGCCAUUCACACAGGCUCAUAUUGAGCCUCAAAGUCUCGGUAUCCAAUGGCGGCACAAUGGGAAGGCAUGGAUGACUGGGGAAAUCUUUAAGGAAUGGCUUCGUGAGUUUGAUAAACAAAUGGCUGGUCGGAAUGUGAUUCUAUUAAUGGAUAACUUUUCUGCGCAUGAAUCUGCUGNAAUGGCUUCGUGA